GGAACUGUUGCUGAGACGAGGCUCACUUUCAUCAUCUGCGGUCGAAGAUGCGGGAGUGGCACCGGAUAGCGCUGAUGUUGGCUGUCAGUGCAGUGUCCUGGAGUUUUAACAUCGACACAACACACCCAAAGGUCUACAGCGGUGAGAAAGACGACUUCUUCGGGUACAAAGUGCUUCAGCUCACAUCCGGCCCCACAAAAGGAAUCAUUGUGACCGCGCCGCUGCAGCUCAAUGGGUCCGGUGCAGUGUGCAGACAUGACUUCACUCAAGCACCACGGUGUUUCCAUCCCAAAGAACUGCCUCUCGAGAGCAAUAACGUACCAGUGAAGCACCUGGGCCUGUCAAUCGCCGAGGACCCCUCACUCUCCCAGUUCACAGUUUGCAGUCCACACGUCGCUCAUGAAUGCUACGAGAAUUCCUAUGUGAACAGCGUGUGCUACAACCUGAAGAAUGAUCUGCAGGAGGUUGAGUCUUUCAAACCAGUUUUCCAGGACUGCACCAAAAAGGUUGUCAACCUGGUUUUUCUAUUUGAUGGAUCGGGCAGCAUGGGUGAGAUCGACUUCAAAAAGAAUAAAGAUUUUAUAUUGAAUAUCAUGAGCAGUCUCGGCGAUACUUCAAUAAAGUUUGCUGCAGUUCAGUUUGCCAGCGAACACCGUACAGUUUUCACUUUCAAUGACUACACCAAUGGACUUGCUCAGGAGAAAAUCGAAAGGGAACCUCACAUGAUGUCUUUGACCAACACGUACGCAGCGCUCGAGUUUCUGCUGGACACCAUAUUUGACAACACGGCAGACGGCGCUUCUCCUGACGCCACCAAGGUUCUGGUUCUGAUCACUGACGGCAAUCCUACCGACAUGGACUACGAGAACAACACCAUCAUCAAGACCUAUGAUAAAAAAUCCAUCAUCAGAUUUGUCAUUGGGGUGAAAAUCGCAAACAUGGAUAAAAUCCAGGAAAUUGCAUCACACCCCAAAAAAAACAACACCUUCAAAAUCGAAGACUAUAACGGACUAACAGGAAUCCUGGAGAAUUUCCAAACACACCUCUUCAGCGUCGAAGGAUCUACAGUGGCUCGAGCAGGAGAAAUGACCAAAGAAAUGUCUCAGUCGGGAUUCAGUCUCGUCGCCCAUAAGGAUACCUUAAUUUUGGGUUCGGUGGGAUCCAACAGCUGGCGCGGGGCUCUACACGAGCGUCAAAAGGAAUCAGAGAAUCAGAUAGAAGACCCACUCAUGGAGAAGGACUCAUACAUGGGAUACUCCAUCGCUGUGGCAGAGAAGAAUGAGGUUCGUCUGUACUUCACCGGUGCUCCAAGAUUUAAGCAUGUUGGGCAAAUCGUGAUCUUCAAAAAGGAAGCAAAAAAUUCGACAGUGGUCCAAAAAAUCAACGGCGAGCGGAUCGGAUCCUACUUCGGGGCAGAGCUUUGUUCUGUGGACAUAGACUCUGAUGGAGUCACCGACUUCCUGUUGGUGGCAGCCCCACUGUUUUUCGUACCUGAAGACAAGACAGAAGGAAAGUUCUACGUCUACUCGCUCACAGAUGAGUUGCGGUUAAACAGCGUGCUGAGCGUGACCGCGCCAUCUAUGGGUAGGUUCGGCACAACUAUCGCCAGCCUUGCAGAUUUGAACGGGGACGCGCUGCGAGAUGUGGCAGUCGGAGCUCCGCUGGAGGAUGAGAGCCGGGGUGUUGUGUACAUCUUCCUUGGUGACAAGCAAAAUGGCAUCCGCAGCACUUUUCAUCAGAGAAUCAGAGGAAGGGCAAUGGGUCCUGGACUGAGAUUCUUUGGGCAGGCUAUUGAUGGCCAAAUGGACCUGGGAGAGGACGGACUCACCGACAUUGUGGUCGGAUCACAGGGCGCAGUGAUCGUUUUGAGGUCCAGACCCGUGUUCCACGCUGAGGCCAUUCUGUCUUUUCGCCCAGCUGAGAUCAACAUAGACAAGAUCGACUGCCUCGGGGACUCGAAAGUGAAUCUGCCGAUGGUUGGUAUCGAAGCUUGUUUUGAAAUGACAGAAAGAACGAAGAGCAAGGCCGGAACAGUGGACCCCAGAAUCAACAUUUCUUAUGCACUUCACGUGGACCCAGUCAGACAGACGUCUCGAGGGUUUUUCAUCAUCGACGACCAGAGAAGGCGGAAUAUGAGCUCUCAGCUGGAGCUGCGGGACAGUGCAACCUGCUUCAACUAUGCCAUCUUCAUGCCGGUUUGUGUGUCGGACACUCUGUCACCCAUCAGCAUCAAAUUAAACUUUUGGCAAGUGGGCAGCGAAGAAUCAAGCGCUGUUCUGAAUGUGGACGGCGAGCGAGAAGUUCUGGUGGAGGUUCCUUUUAAGAAAGAAUGCAGAAACAAAAUCAAAUGCAUCGCUGAACUGGAGGUGGAUUUCAACACCACGACCCCAGUGCUAAUGGUGGCAGAGGACAGCACCUUCAACAUGACCAUUACCUUGUCCAAUCGAGGCGAUGACUCGUACAACACCAGCCUCACCAUCCUGUACCCGCCAGGCCUGUCCUUCUCCAGAAUGACGGCUGUGGGACCAACACUACACAGCUGCCAGGACAUAGAUGCGAUUGACCGGACAACAUGUGGUGUCAGCCUCCCUGUUUUUCGCAGCAGAUCAGUGGCCACCUUUCUAGUCACCUUUCGCAUCCUCACUGAGUUCGAGUGGAACAGUUUGGUCUCACUUACUGUCACUGGAAAAAGUGACAACUCAAACUCCAGCAGAUCAUCUCUCACCACGCAGCUCCCUGUGCAGUUUGAAAUAAAACUGACAGUGAUAGAGAGCAACAUCGACUACAUAGACUUCACAGACGAAGACUUCCGGGCUAAAACCAUAACAGCCGUUUACAUGGUGAACAACCCUGGUUGGAAGGCGUUCCCUGUCAACGUGUCUCUGCUCUUUCCUACUAAACUGGCUCAUAACUUUGAGAUGAAGAACUAUGCAGUGACUGUCAAACAGAGCCAGACGCAAUGCAGGGACGACGGUGACGGGAAAUCUCAAUACUGUUCUGCAGACAAACGCUGCAGACUGUUCACAUGUGACACUUUUCUCCUGGAGAAAGAAUCCAGCGUUGAGUUUAAUCUGACCGGCGAAGUCCAGUUCACGCAGCUCCAGGAGCGCGCAGCCGCCCGCGCUUUCCUACAACGAUUCAAAGGCGAUGGAGCAGAGGUCCAGUUCAGAAGCUUCCUCCAUGUGGAUUACGACAAACACACAUUUGCGCUGGACUCGAACAGACAAGUAACUGAAUUAUCAAUUAGUUUAUUGAUUUUUUUCAACAAUUCUGUCUUUCACGUUAAUGACUGUGUCUUUCUGCAGAGUGUGGGCGAGGACCCGCCACAGAAAUCGGCUGAAGUCCGUAUUCAGUUCGUCAUCGCACCAGAUCAGCUCCUGAUCACUCUCACCGGGACCAUCGUGGGAUUUUUGCUUCUGGUUAUCGUCACCAUCAUCAUGUUUAAGAUGGGCUGCUUCAGGAGGAAAACCCUGGAGUACUACCAAGAGCAUGACCACGCUGACCAGCAGAACAGCUCUUUCAUAGUGCCUGUUGGGUCCAUGGAGACAGAUGAGCAGCCAGAACUACCAGCAGACCAAAAGGCUCUUUUAGAUCAUGUCAAGAGCGACAAUCGGCCCAGCACAACAGAGGCAGAUGAAAAAUAACAGACUGCUUUCAUCAGCCAAUGAGUCAUUUGAGGGGAGACCAUCCCACCUCUGACACCAAAGUGGGUUUGCUGUAUCGUGUGCUACACCAAGGUCCUGUCUGUAAAAACCUGUACAUUAUUGAUUCAUUAUACAUAUAUUGUUAUAAGUACAUGCGAGGUUAUCUUAUUAUUAUUAUUAGCAUUUUUAACUGGUUGUUUUCCAACAUGCUUGACUCGAGAUCAAUGUAAUAUUGACGGGCUAGUAAAAUACAAACAUCUGUUUUCUCUGCACACUCCACAGGUGAAUUGGCAGCUCUAGGCUCUGGGCAGAAUGUGGCUCGGGGCCCAUAUGCGGCCCUUUGCCUGUGUUUUUGUGGCCUUCAUAGGGUCAGACGAAAACUAUACAACCGAUAAGUUGUCAUUUUUUUAAUCGUGUUUCUGUUUUAGCCAGGACUAGUACAACAGUAAACACAACACAUCCAUGACAAAAUUUUUGUUUCUCCUUUUCAUUUGUCAUUUUAGUAUUUUCCACAAAAAGAAAACAAAAUAUAUAUAUUUUGAAAUAAACUGCC